CUCUCAGAGCUAAAUUUCUGGUUUCCUCACGAUGGUCAGUGCUGUUAAGCUUAGAUUUCAAGGAUUUCCAGCUCGAAAGGCCAUUAAAGAGGGCAGUUUUUUAAGUGUUAAGUAAACAUUUCCACUCACAUUUUUCUAUGUUACCAGAACUGGUAAGAACCUCCUUCUCUCCAUUGUCCCAUCUGUCAAUUACACAGAACAAGUGAAGACAAGGAAACCGAGAUCCUUAAUUUGUAAGUUGUAAAGUCGCAUGUUAUUUUGAGAAAUACAUAUGUUGAGUUGGAAUCAGAUUGUUGCAGCUUUUGUUAUAUAUGUUGUGGUUUGUUUAUAUGGUUUAAUUCUUUUGAGGUUUGAUUGAUAAUUAUCUGUAUCUGGGGUGAGAAUUAAGGAUGGGAAAGUCGUGUUUUCCCAAGUGUAGGUUGGGGAGAAUAAUGGGUUGGCUUCAAAUUGUGUUGGGAGGGCUUGUUAUAAUUGUGAGCAUAUCAAGUUUGUCUAGGUUCUACUCAGCUGGAUUUUUCUUGCACAAUGAGGAUAUCUGCAGACAGUUCUAUGGUUCCAAGGUUGUUUAUGAGGGCAUUGACGUCAUGUCCCUCACGGCCCGAGUGGAGGAAGUGCUGCGCAAGAUGGAGAGCCUGCAGGACAAGCUUGAAUCAGCCGUGCAACGGAUGGAUAAGAACAAGGAGGAGUUGCACAAAACCAACAUCUCAAAAUUGGAGUACAAGAAGUUCUUGGAGGAAGAGGUGAUUAGGCCACUCUAUAGCGCCCACAUUGCACUUAGGCAGAUUCGGUUGCCAAGAAAUGAAAACGGAACGCUUCAUGAGGAUCCGUUGAUCAAUAGUUUCGUGGUUGAGGAGAUUCGCAAGUACAUAACUCCGAAGGAGAACCGAGUGGGGAAGAUCAAUAUAUAUGGGACGGAGAGAGUUUACAACACGAUUGGGCACGCGUGUGUGGUGAUGAAGAAGGAGUUGGAAGAGUACAUGGAUUAUGAUGUCGGAUCGUAUUGCAAGGAUGAUUGGAAUUUGGGGCAGAAGCUUAUGAUGCGCGGCUGUGAUCCGUUGCCACGAAGACGUUGCUUGACGAGGGCAUCUAAGCUGUAUUUGAGGCCGUAUCCGAUCAAUGAAUCCCUUUGGAGAAUGCCGGAGGGAAGAAAUGUGAGGUGGAGUAAUUAUCAGUGCAGAAACUUUGAGUGCUUGUCUAGCAAGAAUCCGAGGAGAGGUUAUUCAAAAUGCACCGGAUGUUUCGAAAUGGACAAGGAGAAGCUCAAGUGGGUUACUAACACAUCUCUUCCUAUUGACUUUCUCAUCAAAGAUGUCUUAGCAAUCAAGCCCGGGGAGAUACGAAUCGGACUGGAUUUUGGGGUCGGGACAGGGACGUUUGCUGCACGGAUGAGGGAACGAGACGUGACGAUCGUGUCAACGGCCUUAAACUUGGGCGCCCCCUUCAAUGAAAUGAUUGCGCUAAGAGGGCUGAUCCCUUUAUACAUGACGUUGAACCAACGGCUUCCUUUCUUUGACAACACAAUGGAUAUAAUCCACACGAGCGGCUUCCUGGACGGAUGGAUCGAUCUGCAGUUGCUGGACUUCAUCCUGUUCGAUUGGGACCGUGUGUUGAGGCCGGGGGGAUUGCUGUGGAUCGAUCGGUUCUUCUGUAAAAGGAAAGACUUAGAUGACUACAUGUACAUGUUCUUGCAGUUCAGGUAUAGAAAACACAAAUGGGCUAUUGCUCCUAAGUCUAAGGAUGAAGUGUUUCUGUCUGCUUUGCUAGAGAAGCCACCCAGAUCACUGUGAUUGAUAUUGCAACUUCCUUUUCUUAUUA